AAUAGCAAACGAAAGCCUCUUAUAUAAAGCAAGUGUCUGCUAGGCAUUGCAACCAACUCAUUCAUCGCAUUACUGAAGAAAAGCUGAAGAAACAUGAAGUCUAUCAUUGUCGUUGCAGCUAUUAUAGCUUUACUUUCCAUACAACACACUAAUGCUGAAGUUUCCAUAGGGUUUAACAAGACAGCGAUACUAGCAAGCGCUAAUUCUACGGUGACAGUUUUUGUAAUACUUGAUGUGACAAAUGGAGCGCUCAACAUGACCAAAUCUGUUCAGUGUACCUCUACAGAUGAAACGGCAACAGAGGGUGAAGACUAUAAGAGGGUAAAUGAACCUAUCACAUUCAGUCCAGGCGGAGAUCUGUCACAAUCUGUCAGUGUUGAAAUACUCACAAAUGCUACUAAAGGAAACACGUUUUCACUUAUGCUCAGUAAAAUUGAUAAUAACACUCUGGCACUCUUCUCACCAAAAGUUACGAUAACUAUUGCAGUAUCAGUAGGUUUCACUAAGGAUGAGAUAGAAAUAAGUCCUGGCCCUUCUAAUUCUACAUUUGAGGUUGAAGUAAGUGUCACAGGGAAUAUUGCUGAAGGCGAUACCACAACAAUUCAACUGGAAUCUUCAAAUACAGCAUCAAUUGCUAACAGAGAAAUUGAGCUUCUGAGUGGAAAAAACCUACUAACAGUAAAUGUCACUAUUCUAGAGAUUGUCUCAAUAGGAGAGACAAUCUUAGAGACACUUAACCUAACAUCAUCUGCCAGCAAUGUGAAAAUUUCUAGUGGAUUGCUCACAAUAAAAAUUGUCACUACAGACACACAAAAAGGUCUGGAAGCUGGUGACAUUGCUGGAAUAGCGGUCGGUUCAGUUGUCAUUGUCCUUCUUGCAAUUGCAGCAGCAACCAUACUAAUAGUUGUACUGGUGAAAAAACGAUCGAAAAAAUGAAAUGUGAAGCCUCAGAAGAAGUGAAAGACACUGCAUUAACACUAUAGAUAGUGCAUAAAAACUGAGUUUAGUUUUAGUUAGUCUACUGUAUGUAUUUAAACAACCAUUAAUGUUAGCUAGUAGAAACAAGCAAUUCCUUA